AUGCCGAAAACUGAGCGCUCCGACCGAGUGGAGCUAACUCUUGAACAAUUCAACAAAUGGAGCUUGAAAGGUUCAAUUUACGUUGGAUGGCUUUCAGAAGAUCGGAACAUACGCGUUGGUGCGACAUUGUUGUCAGGUUCGGAUGGGGAAGGGCAUCUCGAAUACCAUAUCCUCUACAGAAAACCGGCCAAUCCUUCGCACGAUAAGUAUGUCCGGGAUCUUUUGCUCGAUCGUCAGGAUGAAGGCAAACUUUGCGUGGACUCACUUGACGUGAUUCUGGACCCCAGAGUGUUUCCUGGACAUAAGAGCUCUCUUCGUAACCUGACCAAAAGGGCCCAAGACAAGCUUGUGGUGGAGUUUCUUAUUGGGCGAUUUUCAUUGGAAUUUGGAGAUGAAGGUAAUGAUAGCGAACAUCCUGGCUAAAACAAACAUUUGAAUGCACAUUAACAAAUGACGCAGCAGUACCUCGAUUGUACCCACCUUCUCCCGAUUUGGAGCAACAAGUAUUGAUACAAAAUGACAAGAUAUCAAAGCUUAUUAUUGAACUAGUGAAUCUAGAAUACCGAUUUAGAUAUGUGGAAGAAAUUGUCAAAGAUUUAGAAGAUACCAGGUAG